AUGACAGUAUGUAUCGUCGCCCGUGUACAGCCCACAACCCUCCCCGAAUACACCUCUGCCUUUUACAAAACAUGGACUCUCCGUCUUGAAGGCUUGGGUGCCCGGCUGGCUGGUUAUCCGGUACCGCCCGACUCGUUUGCCGAUGGCAUCUUUGUGGUCCAGCGCCGCACCGCGCAAGCUGUCGAGGUGGAAUGGGAGAUUCCUAAACCCGUUUUGAGUGUAUCUGAGGCGCUUGGGGUGGGAAUGGUUCAGGGAGGCAGCCAGACUCUGUGCGUCCAAGAUGAGGAUGGAGAGUCAGAGAUACGGUAUACGUGUGAAGAGUACCUUGGACCACGCCCGGAUUGCUGGGGGGACGUCGAGUACAGGAGGACAAGUGGGAUCGGGAUGGAGGGGAAACCUCCUGGGGCGUUUGGCAUCCAUCUUCACAGAUUCUAUGUGCGCUUCCUGUUUGAGCAGGCCAGAAAACGUUUGGUUGGGGAAAAGAGGGCUGACCGAUGA